CUUACUCUGUUCAUCGAGCCCUUGUUGGAAGCGUGAGAUAGCAAGCAAAGGUCGAGAGGACGCUCGAAAAUCCAGAUGGGGAGGCUGUUUCUGGUAGAAGUCGAAGGCAGGUGUUAUAGAUGUAGAUUCUGCGAUAGCGCUCUCGCCCACGCUGACGAUAUUCUUUCGCGAUCUUUCACUUGCCGUAAAGGGAGAGCAUUUCUCUUCAACAAAGUGGUGAAUGUUAUGUUUGGACAACAAGAGGAGAGGAUAAUGCUUUCUGGAAUGCAUACUGUGGAAGAUAUAUUAUGCUGCUGUUGUGGACAACUUCUUGGUUGGAAAUAUGUAGCAGCACAAGACAAGCACCAGAAAUACAAGGAGGGAAAGUUUGUUCUUGAGAGAUGGAGGAUAGUUGAGGAAGUACCAGAGGAACUCAAUUUGGAGGUACGUGCCAGUUCAAGUGAUGCAGAAAAUCCGUGAGGCAUGCGCGUAAAUUUUGUAAAAUGAGGUAAUAAAAAAAGGAUGAGAAGUUGUUAAUAAUAGAUCAUAUACAACAAUUGCAAAACUUAUUUGGAUAAAGAUGUGUAUGUGUGAUGUUCACUUCCUAGGAACUGGAACCUGGGACAAAUACCUUCAUGCUUGUUUAGAAUUGAUGGUUGGGUUUAGAUACACUUAGACCAAAAUCAAACAGAGUAAUUGAGAGUGCGUUUGGUUUA